GGGUUGAUAAGGUUCCACCAUAGAAAGAAAGAUGGAGAUAAAUAAACCAAAAGCCUCAGAAGCAAAGAAGAUAGCAACAAAAGCUGAGGAUGAGAAGAAGACAAAGAAAGAUGAUGUGAUGAGUGGUAAUGGUCAAAAGUUCACUAUUAUUAAAGGGCAUCUCAAAAUCAUGGAGGGUUUAAGACCAGGCAAAAAUUCGAUUCAAAGAUCAGAAAAUACUAAAAGGAUGGAAACUCAACACAAGGAUAAGAAGGUGAUGAAACUGAUACAAAACACAGAAGAGAGUAACGUUCAUAAGAUGACGAAUAAGAAAGUAUGGGAUUGUGAAAGCACACUCUAUGACUCGUUCGAGCUCAACUCGUUCAAUCGUCAACUUGACUCCGCAAUCUCUUCUUCCGCUAGAUCCAUGUCCAUGCCUCACCUUCCUCCUCCUCCACAGUCAGAAUCCACGUCUUCAUCGUCGACAAAGAAGCAGCCAUCAAACAAGAUCUCACGCUCACUACAGAAACUCAUAAAGUCAAUCUUCAGGCAGAAACAGUCAAACGCUCCCUUUAAGGCAUGUCACGGCGACGUAGAUAUGGACAAAUACUACGUUGUUUUCGACAAUACGGGAUCCCUCACGACGAUUCCCGAGUCAAGGGAGUCGUUAGAACUGGGUAGAUCAGAGAUCAACUCGCUUGAUAGAAAAACCGUGUCAGAGCGAUUCCAGCCGAGUAGAGUCGCUGGUAUAUCUUGUUCCUGAUCAGUAUUAUACGACUAUAUGAUAUAUUGACUGAUGUAACUCAUUAAUGUAUUAAAAAGUCUUAAAAGUAUUGUAUUUGAAAUAAGUAUUGUGUACUGGUCAUAUUUUUAAACUGUUUCAUGUUAAUAAAUUAUCUAAAUUAAC